AUGCCUUGGCUAUACAAAGACACAAGAUUCCCUCCAGUAAAAAAUCCUUUCAAGAUUAGAGAGGUAGCUGCAAAAGAAGAAUCCGAUGAUUCCGAGGGUGUGCCAUUGGAUCCUAAGCUGUAUAGGCUUGUGUUAAGUCCCAUGGAGACGAUGCUUAUGGCCGCAGCCCUUUCUGAAAGUAUUCAGUAUAUUAACAUAUUUCUAGCUAAACUACCUCGGAUGGAGGUGAAUUUCGUCUUUGAAGAUUUGAAAAUGAGAUCUAAGCAAUCCGUGAAGCCAACAGUGAAAAUGAUAGAUGAGGAUAGAGCGAUGGAAGAAAGAUUAUCAUCUCACCUAAUGAUAAUGAAGACAGUGAUGAUUAUGACGAAAGACGAGUUGAUGUUAGAUGAAGAACCAGCGGCGCUGUACUUCUACAACGAUCUUACUUAUUGGGCCUUACAAUCGGAGGAUGAUAUGCUAAGUUCGCACAAAUUCGUAAGCAAGAAAAUAAUAUCUGCAAGAACACGACUCCAUACAGCAAAAGAGAUGGCAAAACAGCGCAUUGCAGCAAUGGAAGCUGGAAUGGCAGUGGUGGAGGCAGGAUUCGAAGAGGUUUGUUCAAUCGUCACCAUAUUCAAAGAGUUUGCAGAGAAAUUUCAGAAAGCACAAAUUGAACAGAACGAUCUGAAAAUUCAAAUGGCAGAAAGAAACCACAAGAGGGAACUCUACGACCAAUUGAAAGCGAUAGAAGAUGAACACAGAGCGAACCAGCUUAUCAAAAAGUUUAUCAGCAUCUCGACAGAGAAAUUAGAACAAACUAUAUCAAAUUGGUCAAGAAAAUACGAUCAAGAUAUGGAAGAGAUAGAUUUGAAAAUCGCUAGGGCAAACCAAGACAUCCCUGACCUAGUGUACGCCUUGGGGAAACUACUUACGACGUAUUAUAAGAGGGAAAUGGAAAUGCUGGGAUAUAUAAAAUCGAGGAACCAUCGGAUGAAAUUAGAAAACAUUUCACGUUUCUUGGAGUUCUUCGCCGUGAGGAUCCAGGCAUGGUGGAAAGGAUCAAUGGUUCGCUGGGAGAUUGGACCUACCGCACAGAAAAAGAAAAAAAAACCAUAA